AUGAUUAAUACAUAAGUUCAAUUGAAGCGGGAGCAAUUCGUGAUUUAAAUUCGAAAGCAAGCUAGAGAAGAGAUUUUCUCAAAAAAGAGACUAACAGUUUUGAACGGCAAUCUAGAUACAGACUUGAAGUGCUCCCCUGAUGAAAUGAUAUUCUAAAUUUAUAAAAGUUUUAUGCUCAAGGACUUUAAGACUCUCAAGGAUUUGUUAUAUAAGUACAACGAGCAAUUCCUAAUAAUCCUUUUAAGGAAGUAAUAGGCAGAUAAUGUCUUCAUGACUUAAUAUAUUAAUCAUUUUGGCGUAAAUUAAGAAACUAUCCAAUUAUUCAUGCAAAUUUUACUAAUGUCUGAUAUUCCACAAUAGAGCAGUAUAGAUGAAAUUAAAUUACUUUGUAUAAAUCAAGUGCUUGUGAUAUUGGUUAACAUUACAUAUAUGACUGCUCCUUAAAUCAUUAACAAUUUAUUGAAUCAGGAUAUAUAGGACAUCCUUUUGAACGAUAUAUUGGGUCGAAUGAAUACAAAACAAAAAUUGGAAGUGAAUUUGGAGAUUUGGUAAUCAAUAAUCGACAGUGUAAUAUUAUAACUUACUUGCAGCUCUGUUAACUUUUUAUUAAUUUGUUACUUGAUUUGAAAGAUUAAAGAGGAGUCUAAAUGAAAACUGAAAUAUUGAAAUCACCUUUUUUUAAAAUAUGGCAAUACGUUUAUAUGGAGGAUCCACCAUAACAACUUUGGAUUUCAAUCUUGUAUUUAUAAUAAUUGAUUUUCAUGGAACCAGCAAUUCAAGACGUAGAGAUAGUAUCAUCAAAUGUAUGUCUUAUUAUUUCAACUUAGAUGCAAAGAAUUCUUAAGUAGUGUGGUUAUGUAAUUAAGGAGUUUUCAGGCUAAGAUUAAUAAUAUGAGAUAGCAUUAAUAUUAAUUAAUUACUGUACUCAAUAUUAGCUAGAGACUACAAUAGUUUUGACAAAACAACUAUGGGUCAAAAUGAUACAAAUAAACAAAUUUCCCUUAUUGAUGUAUAAUGUAUUCAUCAAUUUCACAUCUGUAAAUUAUGAUUAGGAUUCUCCAGCUUCAGAGUUGAAUGCUGAGAAGCAUUUGAUUGAAAUUGGCUUAUUGAAUAACAUGUUGUUUUGGUUAUCAAAUUAAUCAGAUGAAUAUUUAAUUAUGAAGAUAUAUAAAUGUUUGAACAACAUUCUAACUUUCUAAUAUCCUCAAUUAGCUAAUGUGGUAAUUUAUCACUUUUUACCAAUCCUCAUCCAAUUUUUAGAGGGUUAAAUGAAUUAAAAAGCAGAAUUAGUUGAUGAAUAUUUGAUUUUGGUGAAAAACAUGAUUAAAUUUUAGAAUUUAACUGAAAUAAAUCUCAACUAAUUAUUGGAGGAAUAAAAUGUUAUGCAGUAAAUUAGAGCUAUGUAUUUAAUUGAUAUUAAUCUCUAGAUUGUUGUAGUGUUGCUUCAAGUCUUGCAAUCUUUUGAAUUUAUUUAAUGCCCUUGAUCUCCUAUCAAUUGAGUUUAAAUAUUCAGUAUUAAAAAGAAUUGUAGAGUAUCAAAUUAUUGAAAUUUUCAAUAUGUUAAAAACCAAAAAUAUAAUGCCAGAUGAUUUCAUAGACACUAUCAUGGAAUAAAUAGCGAAAUGGGAAUCGGAAACUAAUGAAUUGAAUUAUUCGUGA